AUGUUCAAUUUAAACGGAGACGUCCUCUAUUUGAUAUUUGAAGAAUUACAAAAUGAUAAAAAGACGCUUCGAUCAUGCAUUUUAGUUAACAAGACAUGGUGUGAAAUACUUGUACCAAUUUUAUGGAAAAAUCCAUGGAAAUAUUUGAAGGGAGGAAAUGAAAAAUUAUUUUUAAAAGUUAUUGUUUCACAUUCAACAAACGAAAAAUUAACAAAUCAUUUAACAAAACGUUAUAAAUUUUUAAUAAAUUCAUAUAACAAACCGUUAUUUGAUUAUAUUAGUUUUUGUAGACAUUUAAAUUUAAAAGAAAUUGAAAAGAUAAUAAUUAAUAAUAUAAAUGAAGAAAAAGAAAUUUUAAAUAUUAAACAAGAAAUGUUUAAACUUUUUAUUAAUGAAAAUACAAAAUUCACACAUCUUUAUAUACCACAAAAAUUUGAUUAUAAAAUACAAAAUAUUCCUGGAGCUAAACAUUGUUUUUCAGAAAUUGGAUUUCUUAGUUGUAAUACUAAUAUAAAUGAUGAAGUAUUAAAUGGAUUAACAAAAUUUUGUAAAUUAAUUAAAGAAUUGGAACUUUUCAUUCAAGAUGAUAAUAAUAAUUAUGAAAUUAUUAAAUUGAUUGAAACACCAAAAAAAUUAUUUAGUAUUAAAUUCAUAACAAAGUGUCAUUAUAAAACAGAUGAACCAUUUUGUGAAAUUCUUGAAAAUUCAUUAAUUAAACAUGCAAAUAUUAUACAACAUUUUACUACAACAAAUAUACCUGUUACAAAGACUCUAACUUCUUUUGUAAAUUUAAAAAGGUUGGAAUUGGAUGAUAAUUUUAAUGAAUUAAAGGCAUGUAAUUGGUUGGAACGAUUAUCAUUUCCCUUUUUACAAGUUUUAAAAGCUAGAAGAGUUCCAAUUAAGGUUAUAAUAAUAUUAAUUGAAAAUUCAAGAGGAUAUCUUAAUGAAAUAAAUAUUGAUUAUGUAAGUCAUGAUGAGAAUAAUAAUAAGAGGAUCAUUCAAGCUAUUUAUCAAAAUUGUACAUAUCUCAAAUAUCUUAAAUUGGUCAUCCGGAAUAGUAAUAUAUUAGAGUUAGAAAAAUUGUUAAUUAAUUGUCAAUAUUUGAAUGGUUUAUAUAUUUUAGUUAAUAAUAUGUUUGAUAGUUAUAAUAUAGAACAUAAUGAUAGGGUAAUUGAUUGGGAUCAUUUAUUUGAAGUUUUGGCCAAAUCUUCACCAAAUUGUUUAUUUAAAUUUAAAUUUUAUUUUAAUGAAUCUCCAAAAUUAGAUUCUAUAAAAUUAUUUCUUGAUAAUUGGAAAGGAAGACAUCCAAUUUUAUUACAAACUACUCCACUUUAUUGUUCUAGCAAUUAUUGUUUAAAUAAUAUUGAUUUUAUGGAAAGAUAUAAAGCAGAAGGAAUAGUUGAAAAUUAUGAGAAUGUUUCAUAUGGUCAAACUUUUGAUGAUUUUGAAUGGAUUCAAAAAAAAGUUAAUUAAUCAAUGAUUAAUUACGUUUAUAGCAAUGGGCUUUUGAUUAUGGUUGACAUUUUUUUUUUCAAAUAUAUUAGUCUAGCCUAUUAGGGUUGUGUUUGAUCUUAGUAGUCCAUUAUUUUUGCAUAAGUUAAUUAUAAAAACUGUUAAAAUUAGGCAUGAUCUUGAGUGACAUGCAUAACAAUACAGUUAUUGAGUGGGAGGGUAACAUAUCAAUCACCCUUAUUUGUUUGCUUAUUAUAUGUAUAUAUUAUAUAUUACUUGUUAAAUGAAUAUUUUAUCAUUAUUAUUUAUUAUAUUUUAUAUUUAUUCUCCCAAUUUCGGAGUCUCAUUUAUUUAAAUUUAUUAAAUAUCGUUU